AUGAUAACAAAAAUAGCAACUCUUCCUACUGGAGCAGGUUUUUGGGCUUUCUUUACGAGUAUAGAAACGAUUUUAAGAUUAUCGCAUUUAUCGCAGCUUACCAUUACUUUCAAAAGUACGCCUGUAAGCCCAAAGCGCCUCAAUUUGGUACGUUUCUUGCACAUAAAUCACGGUUCAGACGACUCUGAUGUUCCCGAAUCGUGCCCGGGGCCAGGCACAGAGAAGGCAGGCCGGAGCGCUUCAUGCGAAGGCUGCCCUAAUAAGGCCUUCUGCUCCUCCAGUAACCCUAAUACUGAGGAUGCUGGGACCAAAAACUGCCUGAGGAACGUCGAGAACAUUAUAAUCGUAGCCUCUGGCAAGGGCGGAGUCGGCAAGUCCACGGUGGCCACACAGCUGGCGUUCUCGCUGGACCGCCUCGGCAAGAAGGUGGGCCUGCUGGACGUCGACAUCACGGGCCCCUCAGUGCCCUCGAUGACGGGGACCACGGGCGAGGAGGUCUUCGAGUCGCUCCUCGGCUGGACCCCAGUCUACGUCGACAACCUCAGCGUCAUGUCGAUCGGGUACCUGAUGAGCGACCACGAGAGCUCCAUAAGCUGGCGCGGCGCCAAGAAGGACGCACUGAUAAAGAAGUUCCUGACCAGCGUGAACUGGGGAGAGCUGGACUACCUGGUCAUAGACACGCCGCCGGGCACCUCCGACGAGCACAUCACGCUGGUCAACACGCUCAAGACGCUGGUGAAGGACGGCUCAGGGUUCAGGAGGGUCCGAAGCAUACUGGUGACCACGCCCCAAAAAAGGGCGCUGGACGACGCAAAGCGCAGCGCUCAGUUCUGCAACGACCUCGGCGUCGAGAUCCUGAUGCUGGUGGAGAACAUGGCCAACUCGUUUUUCGACAAGUUCGGCAGUGAGCGCAGGCCCGGCGAUGGCAGCGCCGGCAACUCCCGGUUGAUGCUGGAGGUGUGCGACAGGUACAACAUUAGGAGGCACGUCAGGGUCGACUCCGAUCCCGCCAUCACCGAGGCCGGCGAGUCUGGGUCGUUUGUCGCUGAAAACAACCCGUUCAUGGCCAUCGCAAGGUCAAUUUUAGAAAUGUGA